CCCUUCAUCCGCUUGUCCCUUCUCCAGGGAGCAAGAUAACGCUACUCUCGAGGAGAAGGGGAAAGGGAAAGCCUAUUAAUUUUAUUACCUACCGGAGGAAAGAUAGCGGCAUAAAUAGUGAAACUGUUUUGUCCUUUUUUUUUUAAAAGUCGAACAAAACGAAGAAAGACGAGGAGGUACGAGAAGGGAACGACAAAGUCAACGCGAAGCAACAGUGCCUGUAACACGGCAGUAAAACAGCUGAUCAAACAAAACGGAAGUCUUCGUCAUGGACCCACUAGCUGCGGAAGUUAGCUCUCUAAUCGGCUGAACAGACUCUACGGUGACAUCUUGGGUCUUCUAAGCAGACAAUCCAUAGAGAAUCCAAAUAAGGCAUAAGGAAUAAGAAGUGAGAAGAUGACCUAAUUAGCGACCUGUGCUGUGCACAACCUUGUGCUAAUGUGUUGGCGGCACUAUCCCCAGUUGUACAUGCAGGGCAGAUCCGGGCGUUGCUGCACUUUCGGGUAAAGCUUCCCUCAUUUCCCCUUGACGUCCGCCCCACUAUUCAAUGGAUUCUUGCAACUUUCACUUUGAGAGAAUGAGCAACGUGGACCUGCAUCCUCUGAGCCUGCCUGUCAGUCGGCUCUCCCCAGCCAAGUCCAACAGCAGCAUUGUAGAACAGUUUGCCCACCACCAACACGGUAAAGGAGAUUCUGCCUACAGCUCCUUCUCUGGUGGCUCCACCGCCCCAGACUACCCGCCUUCGCUCUUCCCAGAUGACCUACAACCCAGCUCUUUCAGCCACUAUGCUGACCUUAAGUAUAUAAAAUCAAUUUGCCAUCCAAGUCAGCUACAUUCUAACUCAAAGACCAUGGACCAGUUCUGUUGCUCUAUGGAGGUGAUCUCACAGAACUACCGCAAUAAUACCCUUAACCAGAAUGGCAUUGAUGGUUUCCAUACAAAUAACAAAGCCAUUACUAAGGUAGGGGUGCCUCUUAGGGCUCCACCACAAGGAGUUCAUCCACCCAUUGGUCCUCCUCCAGUCCCAGCACGACAGGACAGUUUAAUAGCUACUAAAAACUUAGAAAAAGACAAGACGCAUUUUCAAACCCAGCAGCAACAGCCCCAUAAUCGACACUAUCAGACAGCUAAACUAGAGUCAAGUUCCACCAUAAUGAAUCCUGAACCUGUGUAUUCAGAUUGGAAGACACCAUCAGCAACAGAGGUCCCCCAGCAGCCAAGCUACCACUCGACCUUUCCCUCCUAUGAACAGACCAAAGUGCCAAUGAACACUUCCACUCUGUUCACUACAGACAACAAGGCUCCCUCUGAGCAGCAGAUGACUACAAACUUCCAUAGACGAUUGCCUCCCCAAAGCACAAGCCAGUCUGAGCACCUGAAGCUCAGACCGUUGUCAAACGGCGAUGAAUCUAAUGUAGAAGAUCUUGCCCAUUUUGAAAAUCCUCGCAAAAGGGCGCAUUCCACUAACGAUUGGCUCAGUUCAGAGCCAGCCCAACUCUCCGCUUCUUGGAAUGUUGGCCAAACAGACGUUAUCAACAGCAGCAUCCAUCAUAAGGGUCAGUUCUACUUUGUCACAGGAGUGUGUAAACAAUCUGAAUCUAAAAUGAGAGCACACUCCGCAUCUGUGAGUGAGACUGUAAGUGAAUGCUCCCACUUGUUCGAAAGAAAUCAACCUAAAGAACGAGAAAGAUGCCACAGCACAAUGGAAAAUUUAUUUAUACCGCUAACAGUGGCCAUAGAUGAAAGAGGCCCUCAGAACAAGGACUUCAUUCACAGAAGUUUAGAACAGGAGAAUCAUAAGCCCGUCCCCUUCUCAGCCCGGUCCUCUAGGAGUUUCGAUCACUUGGAAGAAAUUGACACCGAAAGUCACGAGAUUGGGCGUCACACUGCCAACAACCCAAUAUUUUAUUGUGGUCCUGAGAAAAAAUGUUCCCCAUGUUCAAAUUUGCCAACAAAGGAAGUUUCAUUGUUCAUUAACAAUGAACCAUCCAACUACCCCAAAAGAGAAGAACAAGCACAAAAGGGUAAAAGACAGCCAUUGACAGAUGUAGCCAGUGAUCGGAUAAACAAAGAGACCACCCCACUUCUCUACCACCUGACUGGAGCUAACAGAAAGGCAUUACAGUCAAAAAAUGAUGCAGAGUUCAGUGUGAAAGAAAAAAAAUCUGUCCUGAAUAAAACAGGUCUUAGAGGUCUGUUAUUGAAAAAUGAGAGACUUCCGCCAGGAGAUGCCAACAAAAAUGAUAACUCCUAUAACACCCUGGAUGACUCCUUUAAAAAGUACUACAAAGAAAAGCUGAAAGAUGCACAGUCUAAAGUCCUGAAGGAGACAUCAUUUAAAAGAAGGGACUUGCAACUGUCAUUACAGCACUGCCACAGGCCAAAGCCUGAGUUGAGACUAUCAGGGAUUCACUCUUUCUCCUCAUCACAAGACUCUGAGACUUCCACAGGCACUCUCACUCCGUCCUUUGCCUCUGAGGAGACCAAAAGAGGGAGCAUCGUAGGAGAGAUUCCUGAAGAUUUGAAUGAAGAGAUUGAAAGAGAAAAUGAAAGGCCAGCAAAAAUAGCCCAGCCUCAGGUGGCGUCACGUAACGGGGGCCGUAGGCGGUUGACUCCAGAGCAAAAGAAGAUGUGCUACUCUGAGCCAGGGAAACUCAACCUGCUGGGAAGCGCCCCCAUCCACUCUUCUUGCCGCUCCUUUAGCAAUGAAAACGAGAGUAUGUUUGCCAUACAGGGUCAGGGGCAGGAUUACGUGCAGACAGGAGAGCAGGGAUUGGUUGCAGCACGUAGAAAGAUGUUUGAGCCUCGUGGUAGGGCACUUUCGGCAUCUAGUGUGUCAAGGACAAACCUCAAGCAUCUGCAGCACAAGGCACUGGUGGAGUACAUGGAGCGCAAGAAGGGCCAUAAAAUGGAAGAACCCCAUCAACUUUUGGGUCCUCAGCUACCAGUACCUCCCAGACAGAGGCACUCACUGGGCGAGAAACCUUUUGAUUGGGGUCCCAGGCCUUUAUCAGCAAGCUCUGAGGGCAAGAACCUCAGGAAGAAACUGAACAGACCACACUCUGCGGGACGCAUCCUUGAUUCUUCAAGCAGCUCCAUCAGGUAUGCCCAGUUUUUGCCACAGCAAUCCUGUUCAGGCCAAUCUGCAGUGCAGUCAAACCAACUCCAAUGGAGGGAAAGACAAGGUCCAUCCAAUGGGAUGUCUACCUCAGUGGAGAGUCUCUUGAACAAACCAGAACCACCUACAGUGUUCAGGAACAGGUCAACGUCUACACCACAUGCAUUUCAGGCACCAGACUAUAAAGAUGAUCCAGUUAAUUGCACUGAAGCUUGCAGUUUACAGAACAAUCUCUCCACCACUGUGCAAUCAACCCCUGAGACCCGGCAGCAUAUCCGUGUGGUAGCUCAUAGAGGGAAGUCCAUGGAGGAAUUAGGUACAUCCAAGUUAACAAAGCUGUCGACUCUAAGUAAGAGUUCUGAGCAGCUGGAUCAAGUCAGAGACAUCAACAAUAUUUCAUUCUUCGUUGAGGAGAGGAAGAAUUAUGCGGGAAAAGAACCAGAAAACAAUAAUCAGGGACAAUUACAGAAACCAUCCCUUUUGAAUGAGAACUCUAACCCAGAGCCAGGAGACAAGGAGGAUGCUGGACCUAAAGCCACUGCAGAAAGAAGAACCUUAAGUGGAUCCCCAACACGGGCCCAGGGUCAGUUGGUUUCUCCUGGAUCUCGCAGCCCUGUGGCAGAGUCUUUUAAACUUCCCAUUGAGGCGUCUUCUAACCUGCAUUCUCAUCGAGGACAUGAGGCUAUUGAGAGGGAGGUCAAGUCCUCUUUGUCUACCACCAUGCAAAUAAAACAUCCUUGUGAAAGCAGGCUGAGUUCCAGGGAAGUCCAAAGUUUCUCUGAAACAGAGCCCCAACAGUCACUGGAGGAACCAGGCAAAGCCGCUACCCCACCUCUCUCUAACUACGAAGUGUCCUUGAGCUGCGGUGUAACCACUGACCCAUCCUUGUGGAUCCUCCCUUCAGAGGACCAGCCCAAAAAAGAUGUUGAGACCCCAGACAGUGUAUUUGAGGAACCCUUUCUAUCGCUCCCUCCUGCACAAACGAGCGAAAACUCUGCCUCUGAUUUAGAUGUCAGUCUUAAGACGGCGGCAAGAAAGAAUCUCGAAACACAAGAGGAGAAGUCAAGCGCGAAUCAGGAAACGGUAGAGCGGAAAACACCAGAGAGGGAAACCAGUUUGGAGAAGCCUUACGAGAGGCCAUCGUGGGAGGAGCUGGUCGAAGCCGCAGUGAAGGCUGACCAGUCAUUGGCCCCCGUUUUCUAUCCUCUCGCCAAUCGUAAGACUGCACUGAUGCUGAUGGAGCAGCUUCUUUCUGAGGACACGCUGCUGAUGGAGGAGUACUACAGGAAGAAACAGCACCAGAAAGACAGUUGUGAGACUGCUGUAGCUGCUGAACAACCUUCACCGCCACCUGACAGCCGUACACCUCCAAGUAGAGACACCCAGAGCAAAGAUGACUUCUCAGAGAAGAAGUGUAUGUUAGUUUCCUACAUUGAGGAGCGCCUGCGUUCGCUGGAAGACACGCGUGGUGCCCUCCAAGCCGAGAUCCAGCAGAACGUAUCCCACGGCGAGGCACUGGAGUUGCUGGUACGUGAGCGAUGUCUGCCCCUGGAACUCGAGAGGUACAACCUAUUCAUCGGGGACCUGGAAAGAGUGGUCAACCUGCUUUUGUGCCUCUCCGCCCGGCUGGCCAGGGUUCAGAACGCCCUGACCACAGUGGACCAGUACACGGACGUAGAAGAGAAGCAAUCUCUGGACAGUCGCCACCACUUGCUGUGCAAACAGCGUGAGGACGCCAAAGACCUGAAGGACAACCUGGACCGCAGGGAGAGCCUGGUGUCCACCUUCCUGUCCCGCCAGCUGUCGGAGCAGCAGCUGCAGGACUACCGCCGCUUCGUGCAGACCAAGGCCUCGCUGCUCAUCCGCCAGAAGGACCUGGAGGAGAAGCAGCGGCUGGGGGAGGAGCAGCUGGGCGCCCUCUCAAAGACCCUCUGAGGUGGACCCGAGGUCGGACGUGGUCUAAUUCUUCACAGUAAAAGGCAGACGCAUCCUGACACUUUUCAAACCCCUGUGCCUUGACGUCAGUGUCGACGUUGCAUUUCCGGGCGUGUCCACACGGGGGAGCUGGCCCUUUAAGCUUUAAGAUUGUAUUGCAUGGAGUCAAAAACCAAAAUCAAAGCACUUUGUCCUAAAAAUAAUAACAACAAUAAUAAUAAUACCUAAAUGCACAUUUCUUCUUCCUGAAAAACCCUGCUAACUCCAUCCGGCUAGAACAUAUUUCCCCUUCAUUUGGAAUAUUUUGUAGUGAAAGGUACACACUGACAUCACAGACAACUAAGUGCAUGCAAACAAAAUAAUUAACACAUUUUACUUGAAAUAGUCGUAUUUAAUUUCUAAAUAGAUGACACUUUAAUUUUUUUUUUUACUUCCUUUUACUCGAAUGUCGCGGCAGAUUUGUACAAGUGAUGUUGUCCAACAUCAGAGUGUACGCGUGUGUGUGCGUGUGUAGAGGUUAGAAUCCUCUCUGCUGUGCUAGUUAAGUUGUUUCGUGAUUUGGCUUAAAAAAAAAAGUGCGGCAGUUUUGUACAGUAUAUUUAUGUGUGAAGGGCCACAAAAGGAUGUAAAAACAAGCGCGAUGGUGUGUGGAGGACUUACCAAGACUACUUCUUCUCCUGCACCCUGCAGGAAUCCCCACACAUUAGUGAGCGAGACACAAAAGAAGACGGUGGUUUAUGCCCCGUGUGGCCUUGACACGAUCUUUCUCAAAGAGGGAGACAUUUCAGACUUUUUGAUGACUCGUCAGGAUCACGUCUUCUUUUUCGCUCUUUUCUGAGUCACAUGUGCCUGCUUGGAGUUGUAAAUUCCACCCUGUUGGUCCAACUGUCAAUAAAUUAAGAACCUCC